CGCUGCCUCGCGCCGUCCUCCUUCCUCUCCGACUCGCUCCUGUCCUUCCUUCCUUCCGCCCGGCGCCGCGAUGGAGCCGGGACGCGGGGCGGCCGGGGCGCUGCUGGUGCUGCUGUGCGCGGGCUGCGCGCUGCGCUCCGGGCGCGCCCAGUACGAGCGCUAUAGCUUCCGGAGCUUCCCGCGGGACGAGCUGAUGCCGCUCGAGUCGGCCUACCGGCACGCCCUGGACCAAUACGGCGGCGAGCACUGGGCGGAGAGCGUGGGCUACCUGGAGAUCAGCCUGCGGCUGCACCGCCUGCUGCGGGACAGCGAGGCCUUCUGCCACCGCAACUGCAGCGUGGCGCCCCCGCCCGAGCCCGCCGCCGGCCUCGCCCGCUACCCCGAGCUGCGCCUCUUCGGGGGCCUGCUGCGCCGAGCGCACUGCCUCAAGCGCUGCAAGCAGGGCCUGCCAGCCUUCCGCCAGUCGCAGCCCAGCCGCGAGGUGCUGGCCGACUUCCAGCGCCGGGAACCGUACAAGUUCCUGCAGUUCGCCUACUUCAAGGCAAAUAAUCUUCCAAAAGCCAUAGCAGCUGCCCACACCUUUCUACUGAAGCAUCCUGAUGAUGAAAUGAUGAAGAAAAACAUGGCUUAUUACAAGAGCUUGCCUGAUGCCGAGGACUACAUCAAAGACUUGGAAACCAAGUCGUACGAGAGCCUGUUCAUUCGAGCUGUGCGGGCGUACAACGGUGAGAACUGGAGGACGUCCAUCACUGACAUGGAGCUGGCCCUUCCCGACUUCUUCAAAGCCUUUUACGAGUGUCUCGCAGCCUGCGAGGGCGCCAGGGAGAUCACGGACUUCAAGGAUUUCUAUCUUUCCAUAGCAGAUCAUUACGUAGAAGUUCUGGAAUGCAAACUCCAGUGCGAAGGGAACCUCACCCCAGUUAUAGGAGGCUACCCAGUGGAGAAGUUUGUGGCUACCAUGUAUCAUUAUUUGCAGUUUGCUUAUUAUAAGUUGAGUGACCUGAAGAACGCAGCGCCCUGCGCGGUCAGCUACCUGCUCUUUGACCCCAACGACAAGGUCAUGCAGCAGAACCUGGUGUAUUACCAGUACCACAGGGACAAGUGGGGCCUGUCGGACGAGCAUUUCCAGCCCAGACCAGAAGCGGUUCAGUUCUUCAACGUGACGACGCUCCAGAAAGAGCUGUAUGACUUUGCUCAGGAGAAUAUAAUGGAUGAUGAUGAGGGAGAGGUGGUGGAAUACGUGGAUGACCUCUUGGAGCUGGAGGAAAACAGCUAGUCCACAGGAGACAAGGACACUUCCCUUCGAUGUUCAGGAAACACAGAUAUUUUGCCUUCCUUUUCCCAACUGCCCAAGUGGUUGAUACCUCAAAGCCUUCUCUGUAUUCUCUGAAGUGAAAGGGAAGCUCCGUCUCUCACUACAUAUAACAAGGGGUGAGCCUGCCUUCCCCGUGACCACACCUGCCUUCCCCGUGACCACACCUGCUUCCCCUGUGUUCAUACCUGCCUUCUCUGUGUUUGCACCUACCUCCCCAUCUUCACACCUGUCUUCCCCAUGUUCACACCCACCUUCUUCAUGUUCAUACCUAUCUUUCUCACCGGUCUUCCCAAUUUUCCCCCCCAGAAAAACCCAAUAUUAUUUUUUAAAUAAGAAAAAUACUAAAAGUUGAUCACCGCGAAAACCUA